AUGGAGAACUUCCAAACCACUUUUAAUUCCAACACCACAUCAGCAAACGAAGCAUUGAAGAGUUUGGGUUCGCUCUUCAAGACUGAGAAGACGAAACUCGAAGAGAUUCGUACUGACGAACUGGUGAAGGAAAGUAACUUGAAGGACUCUCUCGCUCUUAAGUCCGAAGAAGCCACGAUGUUAAGCACCAAACUUGAAGCUUCAGAGAAACAGGUCCAUGAUCUAUUAUCUGACAGGGCAGUCAUGCGCAGCUGUAUCACUGAUGUUACUGGCAUGCUCUCGGAUAUCAUUGAGACCAGAGACUCCAUGAUCACAAUCACCAUGCGUAAGCAUCUGGCAGAAAAAUUAAGGCCAAUCUUCGCUAUGCUUCACCGCCUUGAAGGUGUUUCUGAUCAAACCUUUAAUCCGAAAAGGGAAUAG